AUGCCUCGCCUGUGCUUCAAAUGGCAUGAGCUAAGGCCUGUGACUCAUCUGAACCAGCCACUAUUUACGUUCCCGAGAGUAUAUUCUUCUUCCGUUCGAAGUGUGAGAUUUAACGGGCCUAAGAACAAUGCUAUUACUGUUCUCAUUGAUGGAACUCUUGUGGCUUCCUCAGACAUUCAAGUUUUAGCUAAUUCUAGUUCUUGUAUUUUGUUUAAUCACAUAAAUGGGCUUUCCAUUACUGGUGGUAUUAUUGAUGGGCAAGGAACUCUCUUGUGGAAUUGUAAACACUCAGGGAAGAAUUACCCCAUUGGAGCUCGGGGUCUUCAAAUAAAUGAUGGAAAGGACAUGAAGAUCAAUGGAUUAUCUUCAAUUAACAGCCAAUUGUUCAGCAUUGUAAUGAAUCGGUGCCAAAACGUGCAUAUGACAAGAGUGAAUGUCUUGGCUGCAAGCGAUAGUCCAAACACUGAUUGCAUCCAUAUGCAACAAUCAUCAGAUGUGAUUAUCCUCAACUCGAACAUUGGAAACGGUGACAAUUGCAUCUCCAUUGGUCCAGGGACAUCCAACAUGUAG